AUGGAAAAUUUUUAUGAUUCACUUAGUGUUGAUGAUAAGCGAGAUUUACAGCCAAAAUUUUCUGAAUUUUAUUUUGCUCAAACUUUACGAGAUUCAAUUACAGAAAAGCAAUAUUUGUUUUCUUCCUUUGCAGGAUAUCCAGAACUUUUAUAUAUUGAAGCCGCUUAUAUUUGAAGAUUAGCAAAUAGAAAGGCUUCCAUUUUUUAAAAAAUUUAAGUUUAUCAAAUCUAUUUAUGCGAAAUAUAUAAUGAGGUAUAGAAUAAUGUCUUUAAUUAGUAAUGAUCCUAAUGAAAGAAGUUUUGGGCUAAAACAAAUAGAAAGAAGCCAAAAAAUCACCCAAAUAAGCUUACUUCAAAAUAUAAUUGCAAUUGAAAAUGCUAACUGAGAUUGGGCAUUAUAUGCGCGAUGUAGUGGAGAAGAGAAUAUAUGAACUUAUAUAUAUAGAAUAAGCUCAAAUUCUCCAGAAAUGGCUAUGAUUAUUCUAAAUACCCUUGAAAUUUCUAUAUUAAAUCAAAAUAAAGUUAGCAAUACUAUUGCAAAAGUAAUCUACAAAAAAAUUUUGAACUCACUUAAACAAGAUUGACUAAACUGAAAAAUUUACGUUGAAGAAAGCAAUUUUUUCAGUAAUCUUGCAUUAUUAUCAUAUCGAAAUUUAACAGAAUACUCUGAAAAACUAAACCAAAUGGUCACUACAAAUUCUUCUUUUACUGCUUGAGUGCCGCCAUUUCCUUUAUUAAAAAUCAAAGAAAUAGUCUCAGAGAGUUGCUGUAUAAAUGAUAAUCCUCCAGCAAUAUCGUUUUAUUAUAUUUCGCUUGAAAAUGAAAAAAGGUUUCUUACUAUAAAUACAAGUAAUUUUCUCAAAAAUUAUCAAUUUUAUAAUCAAAUUUUCUUUUACUUGGAUGAAAUAUCAAAAAUUUCUGGAUUACCUUUUAAAUUUUGGAAAUGCAAUUUUUUAAAUAUGUAUUUUUCUUUUGAAAAAGAUAAUAUUAUUGGAAAUAUUAUUGAUCAGGAUUAUCUUCAAGGUAAUGCUCUAAUUAUUGAUAAUUUACCUCAAAUUAAUGAAAAAUUAGAGCUGCAGAAACUAAAAGAAAAUUUUAUCACAAGUUAUGCAGGAUAUUCAUUAAGUUUUUUUUUUCUAACCCCCCUUUAAAUUGGAGCAAAACCUUUUUCCAGGGUUGUUUUUGUAAACAUUUAUAUUAAAUUGUACUUAUAAUAAAGUAAAAUUAAAAAAAUAUAAAUUGAACACAAUAUUUUUAAUUCAAAAAUUAAUCAAUUUAGCAUGAAAUUAUUUAAUAUAAUAUCUAAUUGCAUUUGUUCAAUUAAAUUCGGUCAAAACUAAUUUUAGGAAAAAAUUUUGUUCCAAUUUAAAGAGGUUAGUACUUAAAAAAUAUUAUGUAUUGCAAUAAUUUCUUAUCACGCAUAUGCAUACCAUUUUGAAUUUGGUAUGUGAAAAUCAAAUAUGCGUUUUGAAGCGCAGAUUUUAGUGCGGCAAAUUCAUAAUUUGAAAUUUCAUAUGAAAAUGGCGCCUAUAACGUCCAUAAAAAAUUUUACCAACGGAUUAUAGAAAUUUAGAGAUACUUUCUUCCAAUUUGAGGAGAGGGGGGACUAAUGAAUAUUUUUAUGAAAGGAGAUAAACUAUUCAAUAUAUCUGAUGACUGAUCAAUUUUAUCAUUAAACUUAAUCAAUGUAAAAAUAAUUAGCCACAACAGGCUAGGAAUAGAAAAACAAAUUUUUGCUAAAUUUAUACAAGGAGACCUACAAGCCUUCAAUAUAUAUAAAAACGCAAUAAUCCAAGGAUAUAAAGCUUUUCGAUCUUUCCGCCACAUUUUGCACCCUUUAUUCCAAACAAUAGAAAUCUCUAAUCCAUUUUUUAAAAGCAUCUCUAAAUCUUUCGCAAAAAAAAUCUGCUACCACAAAUCAUUAUCCCACUCAUUAAACUUCAUUUCCCAACAAAUUCUUGACCUUGAUACCUCCUUCUAG